GUGUUGAUGACGUGUUUUGUCCCGCCUGUUUGAAGCUAGCUGUUGUGAACGGUGUGUGUGUGUGUGUGUGUGUUUAUUUCAUCACAACACAAAGUCAGUUCGGUGUUACGGAUGUCUCAGCUCCCGCAGCAGUCGGUCCCCCCUCCCUCCUCCUCUUCUUCUUCGGCUCCGGACUCUCCCGCCCUGGUGGUCACCUCUAACGUGCAGAAAUAUGCCAUGAAGAAGAAGAAGGUGCUGAGCGCCGAGGAGUCGGAGCUGUUUGAGCUGACCCAGGCUGCAGGAGUCCAGGUGGACCAGGAGGUCUUCAAGAUCAUCGUGGACCUCCUGAAGAUGAACGUGGCCCCUCAGGCGGUCUUCCAGACCCUGAAGGCGAUGUGUGCAGGACAGAGGGUCGCAGAGAGCUGCGGAGGAGCCGAUCCAUCAACCGCUUCCCACGCGGCGAGCGUCACCACGGCGCCCACGGAGGCCAGAGAAGAGGACUCUUUGGUCUCUGGAAAGAGCCCUAAGCCUCCUGCAGCUCCCCCCUCGGCGUCUGGCCCCAGAGCCACGAGAGUCAGCACUAAGAUUGUGGUCUACGGCCCCCAAGACGCUAACUCUCCUCACUCUCAAGUGCGCAGCAAAGCCGGAGCGAGCCACGGCGACAAGAGCAGGGAGGCUUCGGGCCAGCGAGUGCAGCGGCAGCCCAGCGCCACCAGAGGUCAGAAGACCAAGAGCUCGGGCAGCAGCAGCUCCUCGUCGCAGAUAAACUCCACCUGAGACUCAGGUCGACACUCAGGCUGUAAAUACUUUAAUUUAUCUGCGUGUCAUCUCAGAGAAACACGUCCACAGACGACUGCACCCGCCAAGAAAAGAUAUUAAAUGAUAUUAACCAAGAAUACGACUCAAACUGAUAUAAAGAUAGUGUUAAUGUGCGUUAAUAUUAAUGGAUUUCCUCACUCCGAUCACACGAUUAUUAUCCGUUUCCUCACUUAAAAUUUGGGGGAUAAUCAUGCUCUUAAGUUUUUUAACAUUUUGGCAAAUUGCCACUGUUAAAUUGAUUAGCACUUGCUGUUACGGUCACAGGAUUACUGAGGAAGACGCCGAAGUCAUGAAAGACAGAGCGACCUGCAUGAUUAAAAAAAACGCUGAGUGAAAAUCUGUUUCCAUGUGUUUUUGCUUUGAUGUAACGACGUGUCUCCUCGUUCUCGUCGCCUUUUUCUUUUGGUUGCCGUGUAACUUCUAUGAGAACGACAGAAAAUAUUUAGAUUUUCUACCGGAGAAUGAAAAUGUCUGUAUCCAACCUUCAACUUUUUUUUUUAUAUUAAACUUGAAUAAAUCCAACAACGAUAAACGAAA